CCUUAUGCUUAUUGCUUGUAUUGUACUAUUGUGCAUAUGUGUAAAACGACUAAAACGUACAAUACCAUAAUGUAUUUAGUAUAUUAGUAGUUUUGUAUUGACUACUUUUUACUAUUUAGUCCUGGCCUCUUGGAAACAGGAAUUUUGUAAACAAAACUAAAAAGUUUACGUUAUUGUUUUUUCUUAAUUAUUAUUACAUAUUUAUUCGUUAUUCGUGUAUUGUGUAUAUUGUGUCUUUUAGUAAUAUGUUUCAAUCAUUUUAGUGUCUUAUUUGCCCGUAUUAAGUAGAAUAUUCAUAAACAUUUAUUAAACAGAAUCAAUAAAAAGAAAAUGGAUUAUAAUAGUAUUGAUGAAGAUGAUGUUGAAAAAUUACGUCUAGCUGCACUUAUGACAUUCAAAAAAAAAUCUAAUUUGCCAAUAAAUGCAAUAAGUAGUACAUCUGGAGAAUUUAAUAAAUUUUCAAAUGGUAAUUCCUAUAGUAACCCUGCAAGAAAUAAUAACAGAGGACGCUUUCCAGCAGCACCAAAUAGACAGUAUAAUAAACGUGCAUAUGCAAAUGUUGGUUUUCGAAGACCAACUCAUGCAAACAAUAAUCUGAUUGCCAUUAUACCAAUGGAUAGUGAAGGUGAUUCACUGAAUGAUUCAAUAUCUAAGAAUUCACCUAAAAAUAUUAAUUCAAUAAAUACAUCUACUUCUGAUUCCACCAAAUUAACAAAUUCUCAGAAUUUAAAUAACGAAGUUUCUACAAAAUUUAGCAGAUUAGACAAUGAAUCUGGUUCUGAAGAGAGUGAUAAUAGUGAAGCAGAAGGAGAUGGGAAAGAAGAUUCAGAUGAUGGAGAUGUCUUAUUAUUAGGAGAAGAAGAUGAAGAUUUAGAUGAUCUUGAUAAAUUAAUGGACAUUAUGGAGGCUGAAAUUGCUGGUGGAGAUGUUAAAUCAUCCAAAAAAGAAAAAAAAAAUUUAAAACAUAAAAAUAAAAAAGAUAAGGGUCAUUUAAAAAAUAAAUUGAAUGCUAAAAUAAAAAUAGAUGAACCUCCUAUAUUUGUUAAUCAACCUAAGAUUAUUGAAAAUUCCAAAACUCAACUGAAUCCUCCUGAAGAAGAAUUAGAAUCUAUAAAAACUUUAGAAGAAAUUAGAUUCUCUUCAUCACAAUCUAGUUUAUCAAAAUCACGUGUACCUUUGAGAUCUCCAUCACCACCCAUUAGAAAAAGAUCAAUAUCUCCUUAUAGUAAAAGGUCACCAUUUUCAAGAUCACCAAGAAGAAGAUCUCCUUCUAUUGACAGAUAUAGAUAUUCACCACCACGAUCAAGGCUUUAUCGUAGAUCAUUAUCACCUAGAAGAUCACCUAGACGUAUGUCACCACUAAGAGAAAAAAAUCUCUCUCCUAGACGAUAUUCACCUUUGAAAUCUCGUUAUUCUUAUCGUUCACCAUCUCCAAGAAGAAGACGCAGAUCUUUAUCACGGGAUAUAUCACCUAGUAGAAGACGGUUAUCUCCAUUAAGGAGAAGAAGUAGAUCUCCACUCAAAAUUAAAUCAAAAUCAAGAUCACCAAAGGCAAGGCCAGCUAUUAGAAGAAGAUCACCUAGUCCAUUAAAAAAAGCUAUAAGGUCAAGACCAAUAUCUCCUAUUCGGCGUAAAGAUAGUAAAAGUAUAGAUGACGAUCACUUAAAAAAAAGAGAAAAGGUUAAAACUAUUGAUAAUCAAAUGGAAUCAAAAUUAGUAGAUCCAGUUUUAGAAGCAAGAAGAAGGAAAUUUGAAUCUAAUAAACCAAUUGAACCAACUAGUAAAAAAAUUAUUUUAAAAAAAUCCAAUUCAGUUCAAGUAGCAAUUCAAACUGAAAGUAAAGAAACUCAAAAUGAUAAGAAUGAAUCAGAAAUAAAACCAAAAACUAAUCACUUAACAAAGAAAGGAAAAAAAGUUACACAUUCGUUCCAGGUUCCGAAAAAUAUUAACAUAAAAAUGAAUAAUGAUUUAGAAAAUGUACAUCUAAGAAGAGUUAUAAAGGUAAAUAAUUCUUCAGAUAAAAUUUGUAAUAAAAAGCGACCCAGGAUUGUUUUUGAAAAUGAAGAAAAAAAUGAAACACUUGUUGAAGAAGCUGAUAAAUUUGAUCAACAUGUCGAGAAUAUUCCUAAAUCAAAUACUACUGUAACAAAAGUAUUGCAUUCUGAAGCAGUCGAAGUGUCUAGUACAUCAGAAGAAGAAUUAUCAGAAGAAGAAAUAUCUGAGGAAGAAGUAUCUGAAGAAAAUGUUGAUGAAGAAAGUGAAAAAGAAGAUGGUCAAGAUUCCAGUGAUAGUUGUGAGGAAUUUAUUGAAGAGGAAGAAGAGAUUGAAGAACUCUCACAAGAAAUUGAUGAUAAAAAAGAAUCAUUGCAACAUAAUGAUACAGUUGAUCUUAGAACAGAACUAAAACGAAGAAGAGCUCUUCGAUUAAAUAUGAUUCAAGUGGAAGUUAAAAAAAAACCAGAAUCUUUUUAUCCUGCACGGUUAUUACAAUCAGCUAUAAGAGGUGUUGUUGGUUCAAGCAGUAAUAAUGAAGUUAAGAGAAAAAAACAUUCUAAAAUUCCAGAAAUUAGCAUAAAAACAGAAAGUAACUCAGAUGGUCGAAGAGUAAUUGUAAUGAAUCGAGAUAACACAAGGACUGACAAUGUUCAUGAAGAUUAUAAUGAAGCAGUAGAAUCUUAUGCAAGUGUCAAACGUCUUAAGGGUAAAUUAAAAAAAGCACCAGUACGUUUGAGAACAACAGGUGUUAAUAAUGACAACAUAAAUCAAAAAGGACUAAGGAAGAUCAUAAAACGUAACAUUAAUGUUACAGAUUUCGAUCAGAUGUAGGUAUCCAAAAGCAUUUUCUACAACAAAACAACGUCAGCGGCAUUUUAUAAUUAUAAAAAAAUUAACAUUUUCAACUUGGAUGACUAUCAACUUGUGACCACUUAAAAUGUUUUGUUGUUGCUUAUAAAUGUUAAUAUUAUUAUUAUUACUAUGUAUACAACUUUAAUACAUAUUUUGU